UUUCGAUUAUGUAUUACUUAUGCUCAAGUUCGAUUUCAAGUUCAAAGUUUAAUUUCAGGACAUAUGAGGAAAGUUUUAGUUUUUUUUAAUCAUUAAAUUUAUGGCUCAUUUGAAUUAUGGACUAAACAGUAAACAGUUACGAUAUGCUAAUCAUAUAAUUGAUUUAGUUGCUAACGUAUUGCAAGUUCCUAAAAAAAUGACUAAACUUCUUGAUCACCUGUAUCUUGGAGCAAUUAAUGAUGCAAUGGACGUUGAUCAUCUUAAGGAGGCAGGAAUCACUCAUAUUAUUAAUACCGUUCAUAAUAUGGAUGGCGAAAACGAAACAGGAGCAGAAUUUUACGGCGAUGAGUUUAUUUAUAUGGGCUUCUUUUCUGAAGACAGGGAAGAUUACCCCAUAUUAGAAAACUUUGAAAAAGUUCAAAACUUUAUUAACUCAGCACGAGAUCAAAAUGGAAAAUGUCUCAUUCAUUGCAUGGCUGGAAUUAACAGAAGUGGUUGCUUAGCAACUGCGUAUUACAUGGUUGAAAAAGAUAUUGGACCUAUAACAGCUGUUAGCGAAGUCUUUAAAAAGAGGGGUGUGUUAUUAACAAACAAGAGUUUUAUUAAGCAACUUGUAAAAUUUUCUGUUGAUCGUAAAUUGUUAAAAAAAGAUAAACACUUACUUCCUCAUAAUUCAAUAAACAAUUGUUCGAUAUAGGUUUUUCAAUUUUAGAACAACAUUUUACAUCAUUUGUUGACAAAAACAAUAUUAAUUGUCAAAAAGAUUUUCCUUUAUGGCAAAUACGAAAUUUUAAAAGUUUUAAUUUUUUAAAGUUAAUUUUUUAUCUAGUUUUUUUAAAUUUUUUUUUUUUCAAUGAAUUGCCCUGUGUAUUAUAUUGCGUAUUUAUAUAAAUAAAAACUGCAAAUGUC